GAAAUAUCCACCGGUAGAUUUUUAGAGACAUUAACGGUGGCGAUGAAAGCAUGUGAUAAAGGCAUUAAUCGGGGCCGUUGAGCAGGCUUGUGAGUAGAGUGAAAUAGCUGAAAGAGGAGAAAAAGAGAAGAAAGAGGGAGGCGGAAACGAGCAGCGAGAGAAAGAUCUGAGAAUAUUGAAUCAGUUAACUAGCUUGAAAUAGCUCGAAACGUUCAAAUUCCGGUGACUGUAAGUCCGUUUCGGGUAAAUUAUGACACUUUUCCGGUGAUGCGAGGUGAGAUUAGUGUUGAAGACGUUUGUGAGUUGUCACUACGAAGCCAAUCCAAACACAAAUGGAUAGAAGCAGAGAAGCGAGAAGAGGUGUUACUUUGGCAGCUUCAAAUGGUUUGUCAAGAAGGAGAUACAGAAGUAGCAGUCUCAGAGACUCUCCAGAAGAAGACGGUCCAUUGGAGUUGCAGGAAACGGCUAGGUUAAGAGAUCGAAAGAAUAAUCGAGACCGUGACCGUGAUAGAGACAGAUAUCGAAUGAGUAGGAGUAGCAAGAGAAGGAGAAGCGAUAAAUUUAUUCGCGGAACCAAUAGGGAUGAUGGAGGGGAUGACAGUUCAGAGGAGAGUGUAAAUGAUGAUGAAGAAGACGAUGAUGACGAUGGAGGUGGAGUUGGAGGUGGAGGUGGAAAUUCUUCUAUAAGGGUUCUCCCGGCCAAUCCAUCAACAUCAACAUCGUCGAUGUUGAAUCAUCAUAAUCAGCAUCAUCAUUACAAUCAUAAUAGUAAUAGCCACAGUAAUAAUCAUAAUCAUAAUAAUAAUCACAACAGUCGGAAAAGUUUUCCACCUCCGGCCAAAGUUUUUAGAACCGCGUCGAUGGCUACAACUGCCACGACCACCACCUCUACUUGGAAAGCCGCCGAUGAGAUGAUUGGUGUGUCGGUGCCUAGAAAAGCUCGGUCAGUCUCUACAAAAAGGUCCCAUGAAUGUUGGACUUCAACUGGUGGUGGAGAACAAAUACACAGACAAGCGUCAUCUUCACCUGUGAGGACGAGUGUUGCGACUGCGUUGGCUACUCCCACACCGGUUGAGCCUUCCAAUUUUUCAGUUCGGAAGAAGGUGAAACCUAGCGGACCCAAACUAAAGCCACCAAAAUCGUCCAGCAACAAGCCAUCGUCGGCUCAGGACGAGAUCGAGAUCGAGAUCGCGGAAGUUUUAUACGAGAUGAUGAGGCAACCACUGGGUCCAUCUAAGCAAGAAAUUAUAGGGGAUUUUAAUUCGAAAGAGAUUAAUAAUAAGUCCACAAGUGACUCUAAAUCUCGAGUUUCUUCUCCGAUCUCGAAUUCCCCAUCUACACUCCCUCAGUCAUCUUCAGUUUUGCCCACAAAUUCUAGCUCUUCAACUGCUCCCAUGUCUGCUAUUGCUCCGAAGAGGAAGAAGCCACGACCUGUUAAACACGAAGAUGAUAAUCUUUUGUCGUUUACGGUGCGUAAUGUUCCCAUUUCGUCUACUACAAACGUUGAGAUGGAUCAAUCUUUUAAGACAGAAACUUGUUCGUCGAAUUUGGAGAAGAAUUCGGGAUCUGCAGCAGCUGUGAACGGUUCAACUUCGUACGAUUUGGUGAACUCUCAUGUCGCUGAGACGAACCUUGAGUCGGUUAAGCCAGAGAACAACGUUUUAUUGCCGGAUUCAAAGGUUUUGACUGAAGAAUCAGAGUGUGGAGGAGAUGUCACGUUGGCAAAAGACGGGCCUCAGUCUCCUCAGAAGGAAUCUACUGCUAGUCUCAGAUUAGAUGAUGAUUGUAGAGACAAUUUAACAGUUACUAAAGCGAACUCAACGACAUCUGAAAUUGAGAACCAGCGAGAAGAAAAAUUCCAGAUAGAUCUGAUGGCUCCACCUCCAUCCAGAUUAUCACCUGAGAGGGACGGUGAGAUUGACCGUGAGGCCGUUGAUGUUCAAAAGGAAAUGAAGCCUACGGUAGAAGAGGAUGAGAAGGUAGUCAAAACUGUCAAAGAAGAUGUAGUUACUGAUGGUGAACCAAAGAAGGCAAAAGCCAUAGUAGAAGAAAGUGAAUCCCCGAAGCCAGUUGUUGGUAAGGAGAGGAACAUUGACCUCCAGCUUGAUUUGGAGAAGAGUGAUCAAAAUAGUGGUACUGUUAGUUUGGACGGCAAUAAGCUGCAACAGCAUGUCCAAAAGCAGCAGCAACAACCGCCGACCGUCCCUGAGAAAAAUGCUCAUUCUACUUCUUUACCUUUGCCUCUGACUAUGGCUAGUUGGCCUGGUGGACUUCCUCCUAUGGGAUAUAUGGCCGCACCUUUACAAGGACUUGUAUCCGUGGAUGGUAGCGCUGUCUCUUCUGCUGCCAUGCAGCCUCCAAAUUUGUUGUUUUCUCAACCCAGACCAAAGAGGUGUGCAACUCAUUGCUACAUUGCCAGGAACAUACACUAUCUCCAGCAAUUUACAAGGAUGAAUCCUUUCUGGCCAGCCGCUGCUGGUUCUGCUUCACUGUAUGGGGCAGCAGCUUGCAAUCUCAAUGUCGUGGCUCCAUUGGAGUUGCACGGAACCACUUCAGGUAAAGGUGUGAACAAUGCACAAGAUAAGGGGCAGGGUUUGGCAAUAUUUCCUGGCCCUACUGGAAAAGACAGCAAAGGUUCUCAACAUGCCAACACAAUUGAUGCAGCGCAAAGAAAGCAGGUUUUGCUUCAGCAAGCUCUACCGCCUGGAGCUCCUAGUAAUAUACUGGCUCCUGCUUUUAUCUUCCCAUUGAGCCAGCAUCAAGCUGCUGCUGCAGCUGCUGUCCGACCUGGAUCUGUCAAGUCUCUUCCAGCUGCUGGUAAUGCUGCUUCAUCAAGUGGGUUGAAUUCUGUCUCAGUGAGUGCCACUGCAACAGCAGGAGCUGGAGCCACAGCAAUGGGCUUCAACUACCCAAAUAUACCAUGCAAUGAGACACAAGCUCAGUACUUAGCAAUUUUGCAGAACGGUGCCUACCCAUUUCCUAUGUCUGGUCACAUAGGAGCAACUCCUGCUCAUAGAGGAACCCAUGCUCAGAGUAUGCCAUUCUUUAGUGGGUCCUUCUAUUCUUCUCAAAUGCUACAUCCUUCUCAGAUUCAGCAGCAACAACCACUACCCACUCAGUCACACCAAAGCCAACAAGGUCAUCAGAACGCCAGCAUUUCAAGUGGUUCCUCUUCAUCCCAAAAACAUUUACAGAACCAGCACCCAAGGCUGCAUAUCAGUGGCAGUGGUGGAGCCUUGCAAGGUUUUCCUGCUCCAAAGAACCAGCCUUCUCAACAACUGCAACUGCAGCCAAGGCAGCAACAGAAAAACCAACAGGUUCCUCAUCAAUCUCGCCAGCUUGAGAAUGAAAUUGGUGGUGAAGAGAGCCCAUCAACAGCUGAUAGCCGAGGGUCCCGUUCAAAUAUGAGUAUCUAUGGACAGAAUUUUCCAGUGCUAUCAUACUCACCAAACUUUGCUUUGAGGACUACUACUUCAAUGGGAGGUGCCACUAGUUUGAGUGGUCAUCAUGGUGAAAAGAAGCCUCAGCAACAGCUACAACAGCAGGGUACCAAUUCUGGAGUUGAAACUAUAACGCCUCAAACUUCGACAUUUGCUUCUAUUAAUGGCACUACAGCUCCUGGCCUCGACCUUUCUACCAUUGCACAGAAUCCUGCUAUUCUUCAGAGCUAUCAGUAUUUGGCAGCUGCCCAGGCAGCACAGCAGAAAAAUAAUUACCAUGUCGCAGAACAGGGGAAAGCUGGAGGUAGUGACACCUCUAAUGUGGAGGAAGAAAGAAAGCCAAUGGCGGGAAAACCACUGGCAACUGUUGGGCAGUCCAUUGCUUUUUCUAGGCCAGAUUUAACUGAUGCAUCAGUUUCCACUAUGACAGGCAAUACGGUCCUUGAUGGCUCAACUCGAAGUCUAAACCUUGUUGCUGCACCUGCCCGAUCUGCUUCUGUUAUGCCUGCUAUUAGAAAUGAUAAUGCAUCUGCUGCACAGCAGCAACUGCAGCGAAGUCAACAGCAGCAGCAAAUUAUUCAACUUCAGAAGCAGCAGCAAUUUGCAGCUGCUGCUACUCGAAGCAAAACAUCAGCUACAAGCAAUGGAAUUGUUUAUUCUGACCACCUACAACCUUCAGCAUCUAUAGCUGCAAAGUUCCCUGGUGCUUUAUCUGUUUUCCCCCAAAAUAUUGUCCAAAAUAACAGCAGCUCGGCACAGUCUCCUCAGUGGAAGAAUUCUGGUAGGACAAGCGCCUCUCAAGUUAGUUCACAAGCUCUUGCUCCAUCAACAACAUCAUCACACAGAAACCUUCCCCAACAGCAAGGCAGAACCCAGCAGAGCCACACACAAAUAUCAUUUGCUGCUAACUCCAAAUCAUCAGCGGCAACACAGGGUCAGCCACCAUCUGGUAAUAACCAGUGUGCAUCUCCUCCAAUGCUAGUUGGUUCACCAACUUCUGUUUCCAAGACUAGUGGUGGUGGAAGCCCGAAGACUAGUGCAACGGUGUCCACAGGUAACAAAAGUGGCCAAGCUUCCUCGUUUUCAUCGCAGCAGAACAAGAAUUCACCAUCUAUGCCUAGCAGGAAGCCAUCUCCUGUUACAUCAAUACUUGGAAACCCCAGCAUCACCUCUUCAGGAAAUGGAGUUAAGCCUCAAAUGUCAGAACAGCAGCUGCAGCAACAGCAAAUAUCAAAGCAUUCAGUUCAGCAAGCCCCACUGUUAUUCCCUAAUCCAUAUAUGCAAGCCCCACCUCAAAAUUUUUCAAGUACAACUUCAUCUACCUCGGCUGCCAGUGGGUUUUUCAUGGUAAGACACCAUGACCAACAACGGCUGCCUGGCUCUUCAGGGACUUCCUCAGCUGGGAUGCUAUCACUGUGCCCUCCAGUUACUCAUUCUAACACCAGCACUUCUGAUCCUGCCAAGGCUGUUGCUGCUGCUACUAAUAUGAAAGGUGGUCCCUUAACAUCUCCGGGUCUUAUACAUCCUGCCAGUUUUGCAAAUUCACAGACCUCCGGAAAGCCACAUCAGUCUUUUCCUCCUGGUUUCCCAUAUGUUCAUGCUGUUCCCACAGCAGUUCAAGUGAAGCUAGCAGAGCAGAAACAACCCACGGGUGAGUAGAAAUGUCCCUUGGUGCCUUCUGGUUAGAUGAGUUUGAGGAUGUGAACGAACUUUUGAGGCGGACAGGGAUUUCUUUCUGCAAGGAGAAACGAACACUGGAUCAAACAUCAAAGCUCUAUUCAAGACUCAACAUUUGGAUUGAUUGCAACAGAAAUCGAAACAGUUGGGAUACUUUGCAAAUGUGUAUUGAGGUAUGUACACUUGUGUUUAUAAUCUGACAAGGUUGGUGUUGAAGCCUAAUUAUAAAUUUUUGAUUGGUUUUGAUGGUGGGAGAAGAUGAGAGGAUGGUUUGUAGAAGGAAAAGAAAAGGGAAAAGUGAGAAAAAGAUUAAAAGAAAUAAUCCCCUUUACUUCAUUUUGGAGGGGUGUGAUGGGGGGUUUUUUAUUUUAUUUUAAAAUUUUUUGUUGACAUAUAUAUGCAGGGAGGGUGUAUAUGUAUGUAUAUGUCGGGCACAUAUGAGAUCAACCCUCAAAAUUUUUUGAAUUUAAUAUUUUUCUGAUGCCCCUAUCA